AUGAGCACCGCCCCUGUACAGAAGAGAUAUCGGGAACCGAUGAGCAGUGUUCAUAGCCAGGGAAGCGAUGUGGCACCCACGGGUGCUUCGAACAAGACGGGGGCACCGCCUGGAAACGGCAUGGGGUCGGCAACGCGCACUUCGUCCAAUAACAGUAACAAAUCGACGAUAACGUUCGAGAAACAGAAAGUAAUGCCUCGCACGCGCACGCAGUCUGUGCCGAGCGUGUUGAGCAGCAUUUCACUACGCAGCAUGAUGGGCAAGCAUCAAGAUGAACCAGUAGAAACCCCUGCGCAUGGCGCCUGUGUUGGCAUCCCAGCAUCGCAGCAGAUUCAGUCGCCAGCUAUUGCAAGCUCGCAGAAAAAGACUGGGUCAAUGCACAACAACGAGGUCAUUGGGCAGCGGCUGCCUUUCACAAACGACAAAAGGCGGCAGCCCGAACCCGCAGAGCACUCGAAAGCUGGCGCCCGCACCUCUCGCAACGGGGGCGGCCCUACACCUGGCUACCUUUUUAAGCCAGGCUACCGCACCACAGACCCCGGCUCAAUUGGCUCGCAUGCCAUCUCCGAACAAAUACAGGAAGAUACGUCACAGGAGUCAGACGACGACGCAGCACAGCAAAAGAAGCUCACUACCGAUGCGCUGCGCAGGUUAUCGGCGUUGAAAGGACCCAGUAGUGCUGCCGGCGACACCCCUUUGCCCGUGGCCAGCCCCCGGCCUGAAGUUCGCGAAGAUUGUGACAACAUUGGCACACCAGAAGUUCUGACUCAUAUCCAGUUUGGGGGCAAAAACAUCAUCCUGGAUUCCUCGAUUCCAAACAAAAGAGGUUCGAUUGCCCCAGUUAAGCCCCCUCUAGACAUGCUUCCCGCUACCUUGGAAUCUUCUUCGAAACCGAAGUCCAAAAGGCCUCUAAGGCAGAUAAACGCGCCUAAAAAGCCCCUAUACACACCUGCGGUUCUGAGGGACAUCUCAGAAACCAACAUUACGAACGCAGAACUGAAUUCCCCGGGGCCCCCCAUUUUGGCAUCACAAAACCAGGGCACACAUACCUCUCGGAGCAGCGUUAGAAGUAUCCGGUCUACUUCAUCUUCCAUUAUUUCCGACUACACGAAAAAGCUCAGCUCUCUAUGGGCAAAAAAUCCUGCCUAUGCGAAUGCAGCAGAAAUCACGCCUCCUACCAAGACCCAUUGGGUUUCGGAUUCAAAACGCCACGCAUGUCAUUACUGCCAUAAAAUAUUUACGUUUUGGGAACGCAAGCACCAUUGCAGGCACUGUGGUGACAUUUUCUGUUCACAGCAUGUCAGGCACUGGCUUUACCUGGAUAAAGAUGCACGCUUUGUGAUAGGAGGAGCGGGUGUUGGCGCCCUCUCAAAAAUCUGCGACGGCUGCCUCCAAGAGUAUGACAAGCUAGUGCGCGAGGGCCCCAGCUCAUCAGCAGCAAACGCUCAAACAACUAACGAAACCCCCAAAAGUACGACACCAGUCGCCGGAAUUGAUGCCACAUUGAACCAGAAAGACCUGGUUGAUCAAGAAGGCAAGCGUGGAAGAAUGGACAGUAUCGUAGGCAGCGUACCCGCGGAUUGGAAUUGGAGCAGCUUUUAA